GGACUACACUUCUUCUGUGGAUGCUGAGCUCCCAGUUUUUCAUGCCUGUUGCCUGUGAUGGAUGUGAGCUCAACUGAGGGAUUUGGCGUGGCAGAGAAGAUUACACUGCUCACUUUUAUUUCAGCAGUUAUUCUUAUGGCUAUCCUGGGGAAUCUGCUGGUGAUGGUUGCUGUAUGCAGGGACAGGCAACUGAGGAAAAUCAAGACCAAUUAUUUCAUAGUCUCUCUCGCCUUUGCUGACUUGCUAGUAUCUGUUUUGGUGAUGCCAUUUGGAGCUAUUGAGCUGGUUCAGGAUAACUGGAUUUAUGGAAGGAUGUUCUGUUUGGUUCGCACCUCCCUUGAUGUCCUCCUCACCACUGCCUCAAUUCUUCAUCUGUGCUGUAUCUCAUUAGACAGGUACUAUGCUAUCUGCUGCCAGCCAUUGGUUUACCGGAAUAAGAUGACUCCUCUACGCAUUGCACUAAUGCUGGGUGGCUGCUGGGUAAUCCCACUGUUUAUUUCUUUUCUCCCUAUAAUGCAAGGCUGGAAUAGCAUUGGCAUCAUGGACUUGAUAGAGAAAAGGCAGUUCAACAAUGUGUCCAACUCAACUUACUGCAUAUUUAUGGUCAACAAGCCGUAUGCCAUCACCUGCUCAGUCGUAGCCUUCUACAUUCCAUUUCUACUAAUGGUUCUAGCCUACUACCGAAUAUACGUUACAGCUAGGGAGCAUGCUCACCAGAUACGAAUCCUACAGCGUGCAGGGGCACCAACUGAUGGGCGGCCCCAACAUCCGGAUCAGCAUAGCACACAUCGUAUGAAAACUGAGACUAAAGCUGCAAAGACCCUCUGUAUCAUCAUGGGGUGUUUCUGCUUAUGCUGGGCACCUUUCUUUAUCACAAACAUAAUAGACCCUUUCAUACAUUAUGCAGUUCCUGGUCAGAUAUGGACUGCUUUUUUGUGGCUGGGAUACAUCAAUUCAGGACUGAAUCCUUUCCUUUAUGCAUUCUUGAACAAGUCUUUCAGACGUGCCUUCCUCAUCAUCUUGUGUUGUGGUGAUGAACGGUAUCGAAGGCCUUCCAUCUUGGAACAAACUGUACCUUGUUCUACAACUACUAUCAAUGGAUCAACUCAUGUACUGAGUGGCUGUUCCACUAUCUCCAAGUUCCUCCUGCUGUUCUGCAAUAGACCAGUUCCUGUCUAGCCCUGAAUAUAUUCUGCAUGGCUGAAGAUUAAGGGAUGCUGGAAGAUUGAUUUUCAUGUUCUUGGAAAGAAACAGAUCAAGUGUAGAUUUGUACUAGGGCUGUGCAGCAUUUCAGAAUUGAUUCCCCAAAGGUGCUUGGGAGACACAGGGGCACAAAGACAGAACCUGUCGGACAUUGUUGAAAACAGCUGCAUGAUCCUUGUUGACAGGUGCUAUACUUGCACUGUUGCAAACCCUGAAGCAUCUUUUGGGAAUUGGGUCAGAAUCAUUGCACUGCCCUUAUUUGUCCUGUCCUUGACUGAAAAUCUAACCCAAAGAUGAGAACCAUGUUCAAGAAAAUGGAUAGGUACUUUGUUACAUUGUAUAAUUAUGUACAGACUCUUUUUUAAUAUACAGAAGACAGUUCUGCAUUAUUUAUUAUUAUUUCUAAGGGGAAUAACCAUUUGCCCAUUAAAGGCUUCUAAAUGUACAAGCUAACACAUUAUUGUUAGUUUUUAUUUGGGUUUGCUAUUUUAUUAUUCUGUGGUUAUGUGACAACUACACAUAGUAAAAAGAAGAAAGCACUUUUUUAAAGUUCCAGCAAAUGCAAUUCAAAGACUGUGUUAUUGGCCUGGUCUUGGUUGGUGAGCUGGUUGUGAGGGGGGUUUCAAGCUUUUUAUGCUACCCUUCUGUGGACCUCUGGGGUAAGCGCAACUGACUCUAGUGUCAGAAAUUGACAAUACAAUCCCUGUUCACAUCUGCUUAGAGUCCCACUAACAUCAGUGAGAUUUAGUCCAAACUGAUGGUGCAACAGAUUGCAACUAUUUUGACGUGUCCAUUCCUUGAUUCCAGUUGCACAACAUGGUAUGUCACACAGCUGAACAGGAAUACAUAUUCUCUGCUCUGCAGAUACUAUGUAAAUGUAUUUUCCAGAGGUGAACACCUCUGUCCUGCAGAAAAAUGCCUGGAUUACACUUUUAAUGGGUGGAGAAAAGUAAAGUCUUUGGUGGUUUUCUUGGCAACAGUUUGUCAAUGAUUUGCCAUUACUAUUUUUGGAGGUUUUUAAACUUCCCAGGUCAGACUGUGCUUAGUUUUCUGAGCUAAUCUAAUGUCUGCAAUAUAUUUCCCAAAGAGAAGCUUUAAACCAGGUUUCUUCAACCUCCAGAAUUAUAGUACAAACCAUGUAGAGGGUAUCAAGUGGGGGAAUAUUUAUGAGUUUUAGUGUAGAUUUGAGCUAAGAUGGGCCAGCUGGUUGGCCAAAUAAUGCAUCAUAUAUCCCUACUCUAUUUCCAGCAAUCAGGAAGCCUAGGAAGAACCAGUUGUGUGGCACUAUGACAUACAGCUGCUAUUCUAUU